AUGUCAGCAACAGUAGACGAUGAUGAACACCUCAUCGUUAUUGUCUCUGGUGGUGGACCAGUUGGUCUCGCAUUUGUACUACAUUUAAUGAUGAUGAUGGGUAAACAUGUAAAAAUAUUUAUUUAUGAAGGACGCUGGUUUGCAGAUGAACAAGGUCACAUACAUUGGCAAGGUGAAGAACAAAAUAAAAUACGUCGUGAUCAAAAUAUUAAUGAACGUGUUUGGCCAACAUCAAGAAAUAUUCCAAUACAAGAAGUUGAAGAUCGUCUUUUUGAUUUGAUACAACCAUUUCUUCAUAGUGGUCAAGUUGAGCUCAUUCCAGAAAAUUUGCAUGAGCAAUCAGAAUGUCUCGUAAAAGGAAAUUUCGAUAUAUUGGUUGGUACGGAUGGUGCUAAUUCUUUUGUACGUCGCUAUUGUAAUAUUCAAAUGAUUAGUGAAGGUCUUGAGUAUGCAUGUGGUGUCGCUUAUAAUAUUCCAGAAAAUGUUCCACGAUUAGAAGAACCUCUUCAUCAAGCUCUUAAUUGUAUUUUAACUGUUUCUCAGACACGCUAUUUAGUUGAUUCAUUAAAAAGUCGUCGCGGUUAUUUAAAUAUUCGUCUGAUUCAAGAUGAAUAUGAUGAUUUACGGAAUUAUUUACAAGAACUUCAAUCACGUAAUGAAUCAUUAAAUCUAGUAGAUAUUGACAAAGUUCCACAAUCGCCCGUCUGGACUAUUAUUCGACAAGGUUUAGAUUUGUUUAGAAUACCACAAAAAUAUGUCUUUCGUGUUGUACCCAUUGAAAUCAAUGUUCGUCACGCAUCAAUCGUUGUUCGUGAACUUCGAUAUGAAGUUGAACAAACUGAUAGAAAACCCGAAGAAUCUCAUAAGAAGAAAUACAAAACUGUGUUAGCUUUUCUUGCUGGAGAUGCAGCAAUGUGUGUUCAUUUUUGGCCUGGUCGUGGAAUGAAUAGUGGAAUGAAAGCUGCUAUGGCAUUAGCACGUAAUAUUUUUCGAGUAUGCACUUCUCAGAACUCAAUAAAUAUACGUAAACCAUUACGAUUCGUUGAUUUCAUUGAUUAUGAAGGUUUCAUGGCCUGUCUUCGAGCACGUGAACAACAAAGUCGUUCCUUACGUGUUCUGAUUAAUCCGAUCGAUAACUCUGCUGAAGAAUUUUAUUCAUGUGUAUUUCUCACAGUUUGCUAUAAACGAUAUAUACAAGAAUUAAUUGGCAAAUUAACAGAAACUCGAGAUCGUUUACAAAACAAUCCGGAAUGGCCACAUAAAUUAAGACCCAUUACGGAUGAUGAAUUGAAAGCUGUAUCGAAUCGCAUAGCACCAUAUGCUGUUGCAAAAUUAGCAUUAGCAAAUCCAUGGCCAACAAGAGAAAUGAGUGAAGAUGAAAUUCGUGUUGAAGAUACAUUUCCUGAUAAUUUAAUUAAAUUUUUACCUGUACCUAAAAUAACACGUCCGAGUUUUCAGCGUCGUGCUUUGAUUAGGAUUCGUUAUAAUUUUAAAAUAUUAUGGAUUAUAGGUGACAACAGUACUCAAAAUAUUGUAAAUCUUUUUAAAGAUAUUGAAAACUCACAACAUACUCUUGGAUCAUCAGCAAAUCAAGAUUAUGAUUGUCAAAUGAUUUCUUUUCAAACAAUAGAAAAAGCUAAACAAUGGUUAGUAGCUAAUCAAGAGUCACUUAAACAGUCACAUAUUAGACUUAAAGUUGUUACUCUGUGGACAAUAGAAAAUGAUAAAACCACAAUCGCUAUCAUUAGAGCUGCUCGUUCUAUAUAUUCAAAUACACCUGUUUUAAUAUUUACGAAUAAGCACGAAGAAGUACGAGCAGCACUCGAGUUUCCAAAUGUUGUUGCAACAGAUAAUGAAUUUCAAGUAAAAGAAUUUGUCGGAAUUCAUGCAGAACGAUUAUGGAAUCCAGGUUAUCAAGUAUCAUAUUCAAUAGAUGCGCCAUUUGGUAGCAAUGAUAUUCUACCAUCACCAGAAAUAAAAUCUGAUAAAGGUAAGUAAAAUAGAAAUAUUCAUUGAGUUUUUUUUAUAAGUCUAAAAUAGAUUAAAGUCGAAAACGAGUUUUUGUACAUUUGAUACAUUUCUAGACGGACUAUUCAUUUUCUUAAUAACUUUACGUUAUAGUAUGUUUCUCUUGCAUAAAUAUUCUUAUUCUAGUUACUUAACUCUCAUUAUUCGACUUCACUUUUGUGUACAACACAUCGUCUUUCGCAAAAAAAUGAAUACAAUUUUUGAGUUAGGCUUUCCAAUUCACAUUCCUUAGCUUUCUACGAACAGUCUCCUGGUAUAGACAAAUCUUCAUCACGGACUCUAGAAAGAAGCGGAAAACAAUAUCAAACACUUUUUUCUACCGAUCAGUUGUUUUGUAAAACAACUAAGAUAGGAUAUACAUAAAUAAAUGAAUGACUUAACAUCGAAAUAUAAAACGUUUUAUUUUAACAGCAGCGACAAUUUUUGUAAUGGACAAUGUCAACCAAGAAUGACUCUCGAAAAUGACAGAAGUCACCUUUGCAGAAAACCUGUAAAAGUGAAUUACGUUUAGACUAUCUUUAUGAUAGAACUAACUGUUAUUGUGCAAUUACAUUGGUACUUUUACAUAGUGACGUAUAUACCAUAAUCAUUGAAUGUUUUUCGUUUUUCGUAUAGUAUACAUAAGGGCUGUUUAAAAGCUAGCGAAUUAUUGUUUUUACUAUAUGAUAACAUCAUUAUACAUUCUUUUCCUUUUAUGUUCGAUCUAUGCGGGAUAGAUCAAAAGCAACUUGCGAAAAAGAAUUCUGUCAAUUGUGAUAGUCUUGACUGACAUCGUCAAUUACGAAGAAGAAUUUCGUUGCCGUUAAAAUAAAAAGUUUUAUAUUUCAAUAUUAAGUCGUUCAUUUACUUAUAUACAUUAUAUAUCAAAAAAUAGCUAGGGCAGCAUGUGGAUGUGUGUGUGUACACUAGAAAAGACACCCACACCCACAGCCACACUCGCACUAUAUGGAAUUAAAAAUAAAUUUCAGCUUGAUUGGUCAAGAGAUCUGUAAGACAUUUAGUUCUCGGUUUUAUUUGUUUUUUGAAUUCGAAAAAAAGAAUUCUUAAAAAUCAAUGGCUCAAUAUAUCUCGAAAUGAGUUUCAUUUAUGUUUAAAAUUCUUUCUACUAUAGUAUAUCUCUAAUUCAUCCCGAUGUGAUUGAUUAUACCAACUGAAACAAGAUCGAGUUUUAUCGGCAUUGAGAAAUUCAUAUUUUUGGAAAUUGUAUCUCUUACAGAUAUCUGUGAAUCAUUUAUUGUUUUAGUAUUUUUUAUUAUCACCCUACAUGCAGAAAGAAACAUAUGAUAUGAGAAAUCUUUCAAAAGUUUUGAAGCAAUUUCAAUAUUUAUCACUAUUAAAAAUCUUCACCAUUUUCUCAGCACACUUACUACAAUUAAUCAAUCUAUCACAAUUAGAAUGUUUCACAUUUCAAACUAAUUCAGUCGAUAACAUAUUAUAAAAAUAUUAACAUAUAUGAUAUAUACUACUUAGUAUCUAUGACAAUCUUGGUUAUUUUUCUUACGGAAUGUGAGUUUUCUACUGGGUUGGGAACAGUCGAUUUCGAUUCUAGUCUAGAACUGCUUACUUUUGACUGAGAUUUGCGUAUAAUAUGUUUGCAUUGUAUUCAUGGUUGACUAAGAAUUGAUAGGUAUAGUAAUGUAGUUGACUAUAUAAGUAAUAGAAAAAAUCCAUACUCAAGUGUUAUUGUCAAUCAUAUUAAACGAUUCUGAUUCUAUUCCAUUAUUCGAUGAACUGUUUUUAAAGACAAAAAUGGAUUUGACUUUACUUUGUAGACUUAAAAGCAACAUCAUACAGUAUGAUAACCAACAGAAGAUAGUUCAUUGAAUUCCAAUUAGUCAUAGUUUUCGUCCCUUUCUUAAUCCGAAUUUUUUUUCCAGCGAAUUCAUCGGUAUGUAUUCUCUUCGCAGAAAAACACAACAUCGAAAGUAUUUUUUUGGCCACGGAGGGUUCUGCAAAGGUAAUGAUGAGGGGGAAAUGAAUUGAUCUUGUCAUGUUUGACAAGUCUAUGCAGGAAUUAAAGGGUUCGCGGCAGUCUACAGCUUUUAAGAGUCUUUCGAUGAAAUGCUUUUUAGCGAAGAGGUAUACAACCAAUUCCUCAGCACUGUCUUUGUCACAUUUAUUUAAAUACUUAGUGGUAUACUAAGCACUUCUUUAGAAAGUGCAAUGCUUCUCUGGAUUGAUUCGCCUGAAAAUGAACCAAGACUAAUCGAAGAAAUUAAAAGAAAUUAUCCAUUAGUGAAAAUCAAUUUUCAACCAACUUAUAAAGACGCACGAAAAUACUUAAAGGAUAACGCAAAUGACAUACGACAACGCAAAAAAUUUAUUACAAUAUGUCGACCGUUUUAUGGAUCCGAAUCAAAAUCCUUUACUGAUAUCGCGCAACUUUUUCACGACCUUGCUAUUGGACGAAGAUCAAUUUUGGUUUAUACUAUAAGUGCAAUAGCAUUCUUGGAGCGAAUCCAAGAUCUUCCUGAAGAAGUUAAAGUUUUUGAGAGUCCAGACGAUAUAUUUGAUUUUCUAAGUGGUUAUCUGUCAAACUAAUUUUAGGGAAUCUUCUCUAUGGAAGUUUGUCUCUAGCAAAUAAAUUCAGUUGAUUCUCAAAUCCCACGUGGAAAAACACCACAUUUGUAUUAAGACAUCGAAAUAAUGACAUGAUUAUUGGAUAUCAUUCAUUUUCAUGAGAAUAUCUUUCAUGCAGACUUAAGAAGAUUCUCCCCGUUUUCCAACUCAAAAUGUUGAGUGCGGGUGUGCGGAGUGGGAUUGGUGUAGGUAUAGAGCUUUCCUUUACUCACACUCACACAGGGUGUGGGUGUAGAGUAUAGUUAUUUUCUAAACUUACACCGACACCCACACUCCUUACCUCCUAAGAUGCAUUUAAUGAAUUAGCUUUCGUUCUAAAGUGCAAUAUUGAAUUAAGUCUGAUUCCCAUUCAAUAUUGCAUGGCAAUAGUUCUUUAUUUUAUUUCAUGGUCUCUUCUGUUCUUUUUAAAUGGAGAUCAAGUUUAGCUUGAAUAGAAAAUCUCUCUUUAACAAAGAAUCAUUGCGUGAGUCUUGACAAUAUUGACAAGACAUUUGCUUCAAACUAUUGCCAUGCCAUAUUGAAUGGGAACCCGCCU